AUGGGACCUAAGCCCACCCUCCAGCCGCUGAUUCUGGCGGACAGCAGCGCUCUCGACGACCCGCAGCCGUCUGCCGCCGAGUCUGCGUCGCAAGCCGCCGCAUCGCCCGUCGAAUCCUACCCCAACUCCAAAUCGCCCCGAUCGCAGCGAACCUCGCCCUUCCCCAUCAGCAAGUUUGCCGUCCACAGAAACCGUCCCAACCGCAUAGGCACGUCGCCAACCCUCCAGCCACAGCCGCCGCGGCCUGCGACCAGCACCGGACCGCCAGACGAGGCCAGUCGUCACCAGCAGCACCAGCAGCUGCACAUGUGUCGCGCCCAGGCCCGCGAUGACUCGGAGCUGCCGCAAUCCUCGAGGUCGAACUUGGAUCCUUCCUCAGCUGCAAUGCCUACCCCGGGCUUGCGCCAGGCCAUGACGGACGGCACCAAGCCGACAAAGUCGAGCUUUUUCCAGUUCAAUAAGGUGCCUAAAACUCCCGGCAUUCCACAUGCCGCCCAGAACCAGCAGCAUCUCGAGGCGCGACACCAGCCGACAUCACGAGGCGAUGACAAGAGCGAAAGAGGUCAUAGAGACCCGAUCAGCACCGACGAAAGCGAGCCAAAGUCUAUUCCUUCUCAACCUUCUCGCUCCGACCUCUCUGUUUCAUCUUCUGGAGACGCCGACACAACAACGCCUCUGCCAUCCAUCAGAAAGAACAAGUCCAAGUCGUUUGCGCUCCUCGGCCGCAGCAAGUCUGUACGCGACAAAGAAGCCAGCCGCCUCAAGCUUGCCGUCGCGCCGGUUCCCCUUCCGUCGGCCACGCCAAAUCAUAACCACACGAUUCCUGAGGAGCCUUCCAACAGCGCGACUCCUACUGCCGCCGCUGCCACGGCUGAUGCAGCAGCUACAAACACGCAAACCCCGAUCAUGCCACAAGAUCGGGCAUUGCGAGACGACGGGAUGAACUCGACUCCUCGAACCCGGCCAGAGGACCGAAGCGCCGGUGCUGCUGCUUCUCAUGGCAAGGAUCAUGGGCGCGAGAAGGAGCAGAAGGCUCAUUCGUCGGCCCGCGAAACCGGUGCAUCGAUAUUUUUCAGCGGUCUGAAAUUCACCUCCACCAGGGCGGCCGACCUGAUCAGCAAGGGACUCUUUGGAAAGAGCACGCGAAGCAGCAGUACUACGGACAAGGAGCCUGUCAUCGACGAUGAACAUUACGAGUUGAAAGUCAUCAAUCUGCCUCUGGUUGAGCAGACGCGAAUGACUCGAAUCUCGAAGCGUCUGGAGGACUCGAGGGACAAGACAGAGUUCUGGAUGCCUGCAUUCCCGUGGAGAGCCAUCGACUAUCUGAACUAUAAGGGGACAGAGGUGGAGGGCCUCUAUCGUGUGCCUGGAAGCGGCCCCCAGGUCAAGAAGUGGCAGAGAAAGUUUGACGAGCAAUAUGAUGUCAACCUUUUUGAGCAAAACGACCUCUAUGAUAUCAACAUUGUUGGUUCCAUGCUCAAGGCUUGGCUUCGCGAACUGCCCGACGAGCUCUUCCCCAAAGCGGCCCAGGAGCGGAUUGCUCGCGAAUGCCACGGCGCUGAAAAGGUCCCGCAGCUUCUCAUCGACGAGCUCUCGAACCUGUCCCCAUUCAACUAUUACCUCUUGUUUGCCAUCACAUGCCACCUCAGCCUGCUUCUUGCUCACUCUGACAAGAACAAGAUGGAUUUCCGAAACCUCUGCAUCUGCUUCCAGCCCUGCAUGAAAAUCGAUGCGUUCUGCUUCAAGUUUCUGGUCUGCGAUUGGAGGGACUGCUGGAGGGGCUGCAAGAAUGAAUCCAAGUUCAUCGAGGAAGAGUACCGCCUAUUUGAUCAGCCGCCGCCGCGUGGCCUUGCUGAUGUACAACUUCCUUCGCAGAGCGAGGCUAGCGAGGCGGAAAGGCCGGUCGCGUCUCAUCACAGCCAGCCAUCGAUCCAGGAAUCGAGCGAGCAGGCAGCGACCAUGACCAAGCCCCAGCUCCAGCUCUCCAAAUCCAGCAACAGCCUCUCAUCCGAACGUUCUACCGUCUCGACGGCCCUGAGCGAUGACAAUGAGGAACAUGAGGAUGCUGGGGACAUGUAUGGCUUCACACAUACUACCGAGGAUGCAGGAUCUCGCGACCUGCGUCCCCUGUCCCCUAUCCAGCCUCUGUCGCCUCUUGGCUUCUAA